AUCUGAAUCCCAAAUACCACCCGACGCCCAGCAUUAUUUGGUGUGUGGCACUAAAGACUGUAAGAAAAACUGCCAGUUUUACUGCAAUAAUUGUCACCAAUCAUUGUGUGAACAAUGCAGAAAUGAACAUCGGAAGAAUAAGAAAACCAAUAUCCAUGAAGUGGUCCAUUAUAAACAACGCAAACGACCGUUUCCUCUGGAGAAAUGCAAGACCCACCCAUUAAGACACAUCGAUCUUCUUUGUGAGGAAUGCCAAAUUCCCAUUUGUUCUAAAUGCACAGCCACAAAAGAACAUCGCGGCCAUGUGUUUACCGAUCUAGAACUCGUUUUUGAUGAAAAAUGUUCAUUUUGUCACAUAGAAAUUACCAAAAUUCAAAGCUAUUUUGAGCCUAAUUCUCAGAAUUUAAAAAAGGAAAUUGCUGGAGAUGUCACAGAAAUUAAGAAGAUCAUGGAAGGGAUAAGAACAUCUAUGAAGGCUGAAGCUAAGGCUGUAAAAAAGCUGGUAGACACAGUCACAUUAGAAAAUAUAGAAAAAGCCGACAAAAUAGAACAGUCAUUAUUACAAACAUUAAACGGCCAAAACCAAAGAAUAGAUGACUACAUCAACUUUCUCAAUGACUUACUCAAACAAUUUUAUUGUUACCUAUCUCCUACAAACAUAGAACAAUUAAAAUUGUCUCUCAAAUCAGAAAACUUGAUUAUACGACCCAUACCAGAAAUAUCCAAACCAGUUCUGCCCGUAUUUACUGCUGGGCAUUACAACAAGGAAGAUUUUGCCAAACUUCUGGGUAGAAUAACCGUUUCUAACAGUGAACCAGAGAACAGAAAAAUAAAACGUAUGGGAAAUGCCUCAGCCCAGUUAAAACCUAUAGGGAAACAGAGAAAUCUGCCCCCCUCUGUCACCAAGGUCAGGGAGUACACAGUACCAGGUGUUGAUAAUGUAUAUCAUAUAUCACUGGGUAAAUCAGGCACACUCUGGGUCAGUGAUAGUAGCGGUAACCUUGUUAAAACAGAUCUACAGGGGAAUCAGCUAAAAUGGAUACAAACCACUGAUAUCAGAAAUGAAGGCUACCACACUGUCACACAGGGCAGGGAUCUGAUCUAUACAGACAAAUCAUACGGUGUCAUCUGCAAGAUAACACCGGUAAAUAAAGUCACUAAAUUCAUUAAAACAGGGGAAUGGGAACCAACAACUAUACACUCCUCUCACAUCAACGGUGACAUACUGGUGGGGAUGAUAAAUUAUAAAGAGGCUAAAGUCACCAGGUAUAACAAGACAGGGACAGAAAUACAGAACAUACAGAGGGACGACAAAGGAAAGGAACUGUAUAGUGAACCACACUUCAUCACAGAAAACACCAAUGGUGAUGUCUGUAUAUCAGAAUAUGAAAUAGAUGCUGUAGUGGUGGUGGAUAAAUCAGGACAACACAGAUUCUCCUACACAGGUCAGGGGUCAGGGUUCACUCCCAAUGGAAUAUGUACUGAUAUACUCGGUCACAUCUUGGUGUGUGAUGAAUUCAGUAACACAGUUCAUCUUCUGGAUCAGGACGGUCAGUUCUUGUCUCUACUACUCACACCACAACAGGGAGUAGAUGAUCCCUGUAGUGUGUGUGUGGAUGACGAAAACAAUAUAUGGGUGGGACAACGUUAUACCAACAUAGUGACAGUGUACAAGUAUCUACAGUGAACAUUACAUAUCCAUACAAAAAUUAGUUACAUAAAUAUGGCACCGUGUGUAUGUUGUGAGACCGUGUAACAACAACUCUUUGAUUUUGUACAAUGCCUGGUACAAUGUAUCUACGGUGUACAUAUACAUCAUUUAUGUAAACCUGUGUAAGUUUAUUCGUGAUAUUUCUGAUUACAUUUUUUUCAUUGCAGAAGAGUUGACUUUUAAAUAUUCAUGUACAUGCAUUAACAAUGUUUGUCUUUAAUAAAGUUAUUA